AUCCCAUACCUCCUCGCCUUCGCCACGUUGUUGAUAACUGAUCAACUAUAAUCGCUCUGCUUCCCCGCUUCCUUCCGUGCUACUCCACCACCACAUCGAUCUUAUAACGAACUUACGACUUCGCUAGCUACCUUUAACGUCUUUACGAACCCAAAACAGAACAAAUACAAUCAAAAUGUCUGGACAAACCGAGACCUUUGGCUUCCAGGCCGAGAUCAGCCAGUUGAUGGACUUGAUCAUCAACACCUUCUACUCGAACAAGGAGAUCUUCUUGCGAGAGUUGAUUUCCAACUCGUCUGAUGCCCUCGACAAGGUCCGAUACCAGUCGCUCACCGACGUCUCGGUGCUCGACAGCGAGAAGGAGCUCUACAUCCGAAUCACCCCCGACAAGGAGAACAAGUGCUUGACCAUCCGAGACACUGGUAUCGGUAUGACCAAGGCCGACUUGGUCAACAACUUGGGAACAAUCGCCAAGUCCGGAACCAAGGCCUUCAUGGAGGCCUUGAGCAGCGGUGCCGAUAUCAGCAUGAUCGGUCAAUUCGGUGUCGGUUUCUACUCGUCUUACCUCGUCGCCGAGAAGGUCCAGGUCAGGACCAAGCACAACGACGACGAACAGUACAUCUGGGAGUCGGCUGCCGGUGGUACUUUCACUAUCACCGCCGACACCGAGGGUGAGCCUUUGGGCCGAGGUACCGAGAUGAAGUUGUUCUUGAAGGAGGACCAGCUCGACUACAUCGAGGAGAAGAAGAUCAAGGAGAUUGUCAAGAAGCACUCCGAGUUCAUCUCCUACCCAAUCCAGCUCGUUGUGACCAAGGAGGUCGAGAAGGAGGUCGAUGACGAGUCCGAGGAGGUCAAGGACGACGCCGACAAGUCUGCCAAGAUCGAGGAGGUCGACGACGAGGAGAAGCCCAAGAAGACCAAGAAGGUCAAGGAGACCCAGGUCGAGAACGAGGAGCUCAACAGGACCAAGCCCCUCUGGACCCGAAACCCCCAGGAUGUCACCUCGGAGGAGUACGGUGCCUUCUACAAGAGCUUGAGCAACGACUGGGAGGACCACCUCGCCGUCAAGCACUUCUCCGUCGAGGGUCAGCUCGAGUUCAAGGCUAUCUUGUACAUCCCCAAGAGGGCUCCCUUCGACUUGUUCGAGACCAAGAAGAAGAGGAACAACAUCAAGCUCUACGUUCGACGAGUCUUCAUCAUGGACGACUGCGAGGACCUCAUCCCCGAGUACCUCAACUUCGUCAAGGGUAUCGUCGACUCUGAGGACCUUCCUCUUAACAUUUCGCGAGAGACCCUUCAGCAGAACAAGAUCUUGAAGGUCAUCCGAAAGAACAUCGUCAAGAAGACCCUCGACAUGAUCUCCGAGAUCGCCGAGGACAAGGACAACUUCACCAAGUUCUACGAGGCCUUUGGCAAGAACCUCAAGCUCGGAAUCCACGAGGACGCCACUCACCGAGCCAAGCUCGCCGAGUUCUUGCGAUUCAACUCUACCAAGUCUUUGGAGGAGAUGACUUCGCUCAACGACUACAUCACCCGUAUGCCCGAGCACCAGAAGGCCAUCUACUACUUGACCGGAGAGAGCUUGAACGCCGUCAAGAACUCGCCCUUCCUCGAGGUCUUGAAGAAGAAGGGUCUUGAGGUCCUUCUCUUGUGCGACCCCAUCGAUGAGUACGCCGUCCAGCAGCUCAAGACUUUCGGUGACAAGCAGUUGCCCUUGGUCUGUGUCUCCAAGGAGGGACUCGAGUUGCCCGAGACCGACGAGGAGAAGGCCGAGAGGGAGCAGACCACCAAGGACUACGAGGGUCUCUGCACCAACAUGAAGGAGGUCCUCGGCGAGAAGGUCGAGAAGGUUGUUCUGUCCAACCGUGUCGUCGACUCGCCCUGUGUCCUCGUCACCGGUCAGUUCGGCUGGAGCAGCAACAUGGAGCGAAUCAUGAAGGCUCAGGCCCUCCGUGACUCGAGCAUGCAAAACUACAUGAGCUCUCGACGAACCUUGGAGAUCAACGCCAAGCACCCCAUCAUCAAGGAGUUGGCCAACCGAUACAAGGAGGACGCUUCGGACAAGACUGUCAAGAACUUGAUCGUCCUCUUGUACGAGACCACCCUGUUGACCUCUGGAUUCACCUUGGAGGAGCCCGCCUCGUUCGCCGAGCGAAUCAACUCGAUGAUCAGCUUGGGUCUCUCGAUCGACGCCGACGUCCCCGCUGCCGAGGAGUCUGCUCCCGCCGAGGACGUUGCCGAGGUUGACGACUCUACCAAGAGGAUGGAGGAGCUCGACUAGAGAGUGGAGUGAGGAAGGAUAUGUGCCUCGUCUGUUAGGUCUUACGGACGAUUAGAGAGCUUCUUUUCCACAUGUUUGUCUCUAUCGUCGAUUUUUGCAUAUGCUGUUUUGGUUUGGCUCUUGUAGAAGAAGAUAAUGAAUACGUUCUGAAACCGCGAUGCGUCAAAAUGCCCUGUUCCAAUUCGAGUGAUUGUCGAGGAUCGUCGGAUGUCCCUUUGAACGUGGUCGAUCUCGCUCGGCUGU